CCUGUCUCCGGUAGUCUGGUAUUCAGACAAACAGCUGAUAUCAUCGAAGCGUGCAGAAAUUCACCACACACUGUGCCAGCUGCGCUUUCCAAAACUUAAUUGCUCUUUUUUGUUACAUUUUGUCAUGAAUCCUGAGCAAAAACGCAGGGUAGAGGGUUUGCUGGUCGACUACGAUCCACCAGAGUGGGUGAAAGGUCUGGAUAAUGUUCCCAAAUAUCGUCUGAAGCUUGUGCAUCCAGACACCCCUAUUCAGCGAUGGUACCUGCCAGGUGUUCCUGAUGAUUUUGAGUUGUACAUCAAAAGGGAUGACAUGACUGGCUCACAAUUGUCAGGAAACAAGGUACGUAAGUUGGAGUUCAUCUUGGCAGAUGCUGUGUCCAAGGGCUGCUCAACCAUCAUCAGCUGUGGGGGCAUCCAGUCAAAUCACAGUCGAGCCACCUGCAUCUCUGCCCGGCAACUUGGACUCAAGACCCACCUUCUACUGAAGAGCAGGGAACUUGAUCCCGAGAAGGUUUCUUGCAAGGGGAACGUCUUGCUGGACCGUCUUGUUGGAGCUCAGAUCCAUCUCGUCCCCAACGACGCCACAUACGGCAAAGAGAUUCAGGAGCGAGCCGAUAGUCUUGCCAAGAAACUCAAGGAGGAGAAAGGCGAGCAGGCAUAUUUCAUUCCGUGCGGAGGGUCUAACUCUCUGGGGCUCUUUGGAUAUGUCCAGUCAUUCCGAGAACUGAUGAAACAGGGAGUACCUGAGCAGUUCACCGAUGUAGCAGUCGCUGUGGGUAGCGGAGGAACUAUCGCGGGACUCAGCAUGUCUAAUUACCUGACCAAAUCCAACUUGAAGAUCCACGGAAUGGCCGUCGGGGACAAUGCUAAAUUCUUCCAUUCGGAGUGCAACAGAAUCUUGGGCGGGGUCGGAUGGGGUGACAAGUACCCAGGGGAGUGGUCAGAGGAACUGUGUGAGAUAUACAGCGGGGCGGCAGGGCGGGGCUAUGCACUGUCGACGCCCGAAGAACUUGAAUUCAUCUUUGAGGUUGCCGCGACAACAGGCAUCAUCCUUGACCCAGUGUACACCGGGAAGGCCGCGUAUUACCUGGUCCAACUGAUGAAGGAAAAGCCAGAAACCUUCCAGGGCAAGAAAAUUCUCUUUGUCCACACAGGCGGCAUCUUCAGUGUCUUUGAGGGGCGGAUGGAGGAACUGAUGCUGAAGAGAGGAGCAGCCAACAAGAUUGAUAGUUGGGCGGAGCUGGACAAUCCUCCAAACUUGUAACUCUGUUCUUUAGCAAACUUUCACCGUUGCCCGAGUGAAAUCCGGGGAGUAUAUUUGUCAAAAAUUUGCAGAACAAAUGGCAUGAUAUUGUUUUCUGAGGAAGUUUAGUUACCUGGUACCCAGCAUGUUGCAUGGCCUUGGGUUUGAGUUAUUUUCAUUUAACAGUUUUUUUAUUUGAAUCAGUUUGAGAAACAACCAAUCUUCCUUUUACAUUGAUUUGACUAUAGUUUUUUUGUUAAUUCUCCAGUGUGGACAUUUCUGUUUAUGUUUAAGUGUUUGGUUUAAGUUUGUUUUAAAAAAAACAGUGACAUUUUUCCUAUUUGCUUUAGAAAAACUAUAUACUCGGACCAUCACAUAACCAAAGUGUAGAAUAAUUUUAAAAUUAUAUGCAAACUUAUUUUGAAAGGUUCACCAAAGAUGAUUACAUGAAAUAUCUACAUUUUCACCUCAGUAUUAAUUAAUUUUUUUUAACCAUUUAGCAAAAGGACAUUCUUACAGGUUGUCAAAAUUUAUUUGUUUAAAUAUAUGGAGAGCAGAUGUGUUUAGAAAAUCCAAGUUUUAAUUUAAAAAAAGAUAGAUUACACUAGAGUUGUAUGCUAACUACUGAUUUCUGAAAUCGAAAACAAAUGUUAUGUUUUCCAAAUUUAAUGUCGGCUUUUUUGCAUUUUAUAUAGACGUACUUUAUUUGGACGGACUUUACUUAAUUUUUUUUUAAGUUGUAUUGACAAUUACAUGUACUGUAAUCAGUUUUCUAUGCGUGUAUUCAUGUUUAAUCUUUCACAAGUUGCAGUUCAAAACUACAUGUAAGUAACUCUUGGUUGAAAUUUCACGCCCUUGGACAUUGUCAGAUGCCUCACAAGGGAUAUCCUAGUCUUGGCCCUAGUUCAGCUUUUUUCUUUUUUGUCUACGUGCAGUUGGCAUAUAGCGCGCGCCAGCAUGCACAGCCGAACGACAUCAACGGUAGAGGGCGCUAUCGGAUUUGGUUCGUCUCGUCCAUAGCGCCCUCUACCGUUGACGUCGUUUGGUUGUACAUGCCAGCGCGCGCUAUAUGCCAACUGCACGUAGACAAAAAUAACACAAAGCCAGUUUUGGGCAACGACUAGGGAUAUCCAUGUUAAGUGGGUCAACUCUUUACGUACAGCAUGUAGGUAUAUCCACUAGAAGUGGCGCUCGCUUUGCUCAUCGACAUAGUGCUAGGCAUGUAAAAGCCAAAAUAAUCAUGGAACCAUAUCAAAUUAAUUAUCAGGGAAAUAUCAAACGAGUAUUUGAUGCCAGAAAUUGCUUUAACUGCCAUUAUUUGUAAUCAGUAAUGUAUAAAUCAAAGAAAGAAAUAAUGUUACUCUG